AUGACCUUCACGGCACCUCGGCUAGCCAUCACUGUCGCCGUUAAUCAACCGGCCUACUUAGUAAUACAAAACUCUAGUACGACCUAUACACCUCACCGAGUAGUUACUUCUCAGCAACUAAAUAACGAUGAGUUGCUGCUUCAUCAAGCUUCUAAAGUCAAUCCAAAACCACCACCUAAACUUCCCAAGAAGCUCGCUUUCAUGUUCUUAACAACAACUUCUCUUCCAUUAGCACCACUUUGGGAGCUUUUCUUCAACCAAACCUCUCAUCACAAGUCUCUCUGCAACGUCUACGUGCAUGCUGACCCGGCUCAAAAACAAAAACCAGACUUCUUCCGUAACCGGAUCAUACCGUCCUCAAAACCGGCUUACCGUCACACCCCAACACUCAUCUCAUCCGCGCGUCGUUUACUCGCUCACGCCCUUCUCGACGACCCUUCGAACUACAUGUUCAUCCUUCUCUCCCCUUCUUGCAUCCCACUCCACUCCUUCAACUUCACUUACAACACACUCGCCUCCUCCACAAAGAGCUUCAUCGAGAUUCUCAACAACGAGCCAGGUUGGCACGACAGGUGGGCAGCGCGUGGCCCUUACGCGAUGCUCCCCGAGGUUCAACCUGAGGAGUUUCGAAUAGGCUCACAGUUCUGGACGCUGACAAGAAGCCAUGCGCGGAUGGUCGUGAGUGACGUGGAGAUAUGGUCCAAGUUCAACAAGCCUUGCGUAAGGAAAGACACUUGUUACCCUGAGGAGCAUUACUUCCCUACUCUCCUCCACAUGCGUGAUCCACAAGGGUGUGUUUCCGCUACGCUCACGCACGUUGAUUGGAGUGUUAGCGACCAUGGUUAUUAG